CACAAUUGAAUGGGUAUAUAAAUAUGUUUAGCACAACUUGGGAUACUGAGGCAGCAAAGUAGAAAAAAAGCCUGGGUUUAAAAUGGUCCAGAUGAGUGAAAAGUAGCCUAUUACCAUAAAUCAAAAAAAAAAAAGAGUUAAAUUAACUACUGUAAGCAAUCUCACAUUAUUUCCCCUGUUCCCAAACACGCACAACUAUGACAUUCUCCAACAGAUUCAGACUUCUAAUAUGUUCGAGUCUUAGUUUAUGGCACAAGGUUGUUCCCUAUCCCGCAGUAGAGGGGUGUUCACCUGGUUGACCUCACGCUUUGCAGCUUUAACUUAUUCUCUAGCGGUUUAGCGUGGUAGGCCUACUGCAGACCGUGAAUCCUCGACGGUCGAGGGAGGGCGCUAACAAAUAAAGGCAGUCAGCGCAGCUUGCGCGAGGCUCUGAGGAAAGGGCCGAACGCUGGGAACAAUUAAAGAGAUUCAAUUGAAUUCAACAAUUCAGGAGAUUACAACCAACUACCAGUAAACCUCACUCCAGUCUAAUGACAUAACCAUGGCAGCCGAACAAUGUUCGCAACUUGAAGCCGAAUUGUAUUACCUGAUCGCCAGAUUUCUCCAUUCGGGACCGUGCAAAAAAUCUGCAAGGAUCCUGGUGGAGGAACUGGAAGAGUAUGAGUUGGUCCCGAAACGGUGGAGUUGGGAUGGGAAACAAUAUAAGCGAAACUUCGAUGACUGGGUGGCACUGAACCAGCAUAUCCCUGCAGAUUAUCUGCUGCGCGUGUGUAAACAGGUGGGACCACUGAUUGACCAGCAUGUUCCACCAAGUGUUCCUGGAGUCUGCACCUUACUGGGCACUGGAAAACAAUCUCUUCUCCGCACCACAAAAGAUUGUAACACGGUAUGGAGCAGUUCCACGGUGGCGGCUCUACACAGGGGACGGCCACCAGAACCUCCAGUCAGUGUGGAGAGGCCGCCCAACAUCGCAUCUAUCAUGGGUGCUCGCCAGACUGCAGGCGUUGCUCGUUUUGGGCACGCCUUCCCUGUCUCGACCUAUCAGCACAUGAAGAUGCACCGGCGAAUUCUGGGUCAUCUCUCCUCAGUUUAUUGUGUGACGUUUGAUCGCACUGGACGACGCAUCUUCACUGGUUCUGACGACUGUCUGGUGAAGAUCUGGGCGACAGACGACGGCCGUCUCCUAGCAACUCUCCGUGGCCACGCGGCGGAAAUUUCGGACAUGACGGUCAACCACGAGAACACUCUCAUUGCCUCAGCCAGCUGUGACAAAAUCAUCCGCGUGUGGUGUCUGAGGACCUGCGCUCCCAUCACCGUCCUCCAGGGCCACGCCGCCUCCAUCACAUCCAUACAGUUCUCCCCGGCAGUCACAGGCUCUGCUCGAGUGCUGGCCUCCACCGGUGCGGAUGGCAUGGUGUGUUUCUGGCAGUGGAACGCCCUCACCAUGAAGUUCAAUGACCGUCCAGUGAAGUUCAUUGAGCGUUCACGCCCAGGUGUCCAGAUCUCUUGCUGUUCCUUCAGUUGCGGUGGGAUGUUCCUGGCCACGGGGAGCACAGAUCAUGUGAUCAGAGUGUACUACUUAGGCUCUGAAACACCCAUGAAGCUCUCUGAGCUAGAUGCUCACACGGAUAAAGUCCUCGCCGUGCAGUUCUGCAACAACAGCGAUGGCCUUAGGUUUGUGAGUGGUAGCCGUGAUGGCACAGCUCGGAUCUGGCAGUACCAGCAGCAGGAGUGGAAGAGCAUCUGCUUGGACAUGAGUGCCCGUCUGCCAGGGAGUACAGUGGUGUCAGGAGAGGACAAGACGACCAAACUGGUUGUUACAAUGGUUGCCUGGGACCGCAGUGACCGAAUGGUUGUCACUGCUGUUUCUAACUGCCUGCUGAAAGUGUGGAAUUCCAACAGUGGCCAACUGCUACACGUGUUGUCGGGUCAUGAUGACGAGGUGUUUGUGUUGGAAGCCCACCCGUUCGACUGGCGGAUCAUGCUCUCUGCUGGGCACGAUGGGAACAUCUUUGUCUGGGACCUCAGCAGAGGAACCAAGAUCCGAAACUUCUUUAACAUGAUUGAGGGACAAGGCCAUGGUGCUGUCUUUGACUGCAAGUUCUCAGCUGAUGGUCAACACUUUGCCUGCACAGAUUCUCACGGUCACGUGCUCAUAUUUGGUUUCGGAUGCAGUAGGCCGUAUGAGAAGAUUCCCGACCAGAUGUUUUUCCACACGGAUUUCCGUCCGCUGAUCCGGGACACGAAUAACUACGUGUUAGAUGAGCAGACCCAGCAGGCCCCUCACCUCAUGCCCCCCCCCUUCCUGGUGGAUGUCGACGGGAACCCCCACCCCACCCUCUUCCAGAGGCUGGUCCCGGGAAGAGAAAACUGCAAAGAGGAGCAGCUCGUCCCCCAGCUGGGCUACAUGGCUAACGGUGAUGGGGAGGUGGUUGAACAGGUGAUUGGCCAGCAGACGUCAGAGGAGGAGCAGGAGGAGAGUCCCCUGGAUGACCUGAUCAGACAGCUGCAGCAGCAGCAGGACGGCCAGCCCAACCCCGCCCAAAUGCUGGAAGGUGCUGAGGGUGGAGAGGGUCUCCCAUCGCCCCCCAAUGUGGGACUCCGGCGGAGCGGGCAGGUGGAGGGCGUGCGGCAGAUGCACCUCAACGCCCCCCGCAGUCAGAUGGCCACCGAGAGAGACCUGCUGGCCUGGAGCAGGAGGGUGAUGGUCAGCGAGGUCCCAACCAGCGUGCUCAGGGGGAUGGCGCAGAGCAGGCACGCCAAAGGAGAGUGCGAGCGCACCUUAUACCACAUGGAGAAUAGGAGGAAACCUGUACAGAGUGCCACACGAGCGGAGCCAGAGUACAUGUCGUUGCGCUCGCUACGGAGGACCCAGCGCAAGAAGAAGCAGGAGCAGCGGCACUCCUACCAAACCCGCUCCGCACGGGAGCGCCGUGCACUACGCCGCAGCUCCGUCCUCGGAUCACCGCACGGGUCCGACUCGGACAGCGAGGCAGAGCAGAUGGAAGAGGAGCAGGUGGAUGCCAGUGAUGCUUCGUCAGAUGGAGAAGCUCGUUGGAAGAGUGACAGCAGCUCCAGUGACUCGUCAAGCGAGUACUCUGAUUGGACAGCUGAUGCGGGGAUCAACCUCCAGCCUCCGAAGCGGUCCACCAGGCGGCUGGUUCGUGCCCCAGAAAGCAGCAGCUCCGAGAAUGAAGCAGAUGCUCAGGGCGAGGGUGAAGAGGAGGAGGAGGAGAAGAAGAAAAAGAAAGAGGCGGAAAAGAAGAAGAAACAAAAACAACCUAAACAAAAGCCCGGGUCUGGCAGUUCAGCUGCGGAGUGGACCCCUCCAUCCUGGAUCACAGACACCAUGCCCCGCCGCCUGCCUUUCGUGCCUCAGAUGGGAGAUGAGCUCAUCUACUUCCGUCAAGGUCACGAGGCGUACGUACGUGCAGUACGUAGGGCCAAAGCCUACAACAUCAACCAUCUGAAGCAGCCGUGGAACAAACUGGAUCUCAGGGAUCAAGAGGUGGUGAAGGUGAUUGGUAUUAAAUAUGAGGUGGGCCCGCCCACUCUCUGCUGCCUGAAACUGGCCUUCCUCGACGCACUCUCAGGGAAGAUGACUAACGAGUCCUUCAUUCUAAAGUAUCAUGACAUGCCUGAUGUCAUUGACUUUUUGGUGCUACAGCAGUUUUACAACGAGGCAAAAGAACGCAACUGGCAGCCUGAGUCCAGGUUCCGGAGCAUCAUAGACGACGCGUGGUGGUUUGGGUCGGUGGAAAGCCAUCAGCCGCUCGAACCAGAGUACCCGGAUAGCCUUUUCCAGUGCUAUGACAUCAGGUGGGACAAUGGAGAGACGGAGAAAAUGAGUCCGUGGGAUCUGGAGCCGAUCCCUGAAGAAGCGGAGAUCCCCGAGGAUUUUGGAGAUUGUGUCCAAGUGACGGAGGCGGAGUUUCAGUCUCUCCUGUACAAGCCCCAGGAAGGAGAGUGGGCGGCACAAACGCGCGAUGAGGACUGUGAGCGGGUGAUCCAAGCCAUCGACCAGCUGCUCUCUUUGGAUGUGGCGAAGGAGUUCAAAAGCCCUGUGGAUCUGAGGGAUUACCCACUCUACUGCUCCGUGGUGUCCUACCCUACUGACCUCAGCACUAUUCGACAGCGCCUCCGGAACCGCUUCUACAGGAGAAUUUCUGCUCUCAUGUGGGAAGUGCGUUACAUCGAGCACAACGCGCGCAUCUUCAACGAGCCACAGAGUCCCAUCGUCACUGCCGCCAAGGCAGUCACUGACGUGCUGCUGCGCUUCAUCGGGGAUCAGAGCUGUGUAGACAUAGUAGAGCUUCACCACAGGUUGAAGACAGAGCUCAGCAGUGUUGAAGAUGAGAAUGAUGUUGACUCCGACACCCCAGGGACAUCAACUGGUCAGCAAAAGCGAGGGGUAGUGCUGGACAUCAAUGCGUGGAAGGUACCCUGUAAAGAUCUCCUGCGCAGGAUGAUUGACAGCCCCGAUUCCGAGCCGUUCCGACAGCCCGUUGACCUCUUUGAGUAUCCGGAUUAUCGGGGUAUUAUUGACACUCCAAUGGAUUUAGGAACCGUGUUAGAGACACUAUCUGGAGAAAACUAUGAAAAUCCUUCAGAGUUUGCCAAAGACAUCCGUCUGAUUUUCAGUAAUUCCAAGGCAUACACUCCAAACAAAAAGUCAAGGAUUUUCAGUAUGACUCUGAGUCUGUCCGCAUUCUUCGAGAGGCAGAUCAUCGCCAUAAUCUCAGAUUUUAAAUCUGCAGUACAAAGCCAAAGGAGGACUCACCAGAGAAUGAACAACAGCAAAAGGUUACAGGACUCUCCACCAGUCAGCCCCAAAGGGAAAAACAAGUCCGGGAAGAAACCAAAAACCCAGCAGAGAUCCAGAAGCCGCACACGCAAAGUUUCACAAGCUUCAGAAUCCCAAGAAAUUACAGUGGAUGAAGACAGUCAACCCUCAACUUCAACUUCAUCUUCCUCCUCAUCAUCCUCCUCCUCAGGGCAACUAGGAGCCAACAGAUUAAUGCGCAGCCGAGCUUUACCUUCCAAAACCUCUGAACUAUGUAAUGGGCCAACAGUCAACGGCAGCCGUCAGUCACACAGACGAGGCACUUCGCGCACCGCCACAAAAGAAAUGCCUGCAUCUGUAAGUUCGUCGUCAUCUUCCUCGUCAUCAUCGUCUUCCUCCUCUUCGUCAUCUUCGUCCUCUUCCUCCUCAUCAGAGAGCGGAGACAGCGACGUGGAGGUGGGGCAGUUCUUGGAUGGCGGCGACCACGACUACAGUAAAGCGCCAUGCCUUUCCCAUAGGGACAAGGGUAAGGUAGCCACCGUCGCUAAGAGAAAACUGAAGGGAGGCGAAGCAGAGGGCCAGGCGAAAAGACUGCGGAGAGAUGAAAAGGUCGAGCCGCCAGAAGAGGAGGAGGAGGAGGAGGAGGAAGAGGAGGAGGAAGUGGAAGUGGAGGAGGAAGUGGAGGUUGAGGAACAGUCCGAAGAGGAGGAAUUGGAGGAGGAGGAGGAGCAGGAAGAAGAGGAAGAGGAGAGAGACGAGGAAGAGGAGAAGGAAGACGACGACGAGGAGGAGGGGGAAGAGGGCGAGGAGGGGGAGCAGAGAGGAGAGGCACCGCCACGGACGGCUGCAGGCCUGAGGUCAAGCCAGCGAGCAGCGAAACUGGCCCGGGUCAACACGCGUAACCAGGGCCGACGGACUGUCCUGUACAACGACGAAUCUGAAGAGGAGGGGGCCGCGGCAGACCCGCUCAACCUGGGCAUGUCCCGGUCAGGCCGCGUGCGGCGCAUGACGGAGCGGGCCCGGGUCAGUCACCUCAUGGGCUGGACGCACUGACCUCAGGAGCUCAGUGCCCCGGCCCUCCCAUCAGACUCACUCAAACCAAUACUGCAGGGAUUUUGACUUUUAUCAUUUUUAUUAUGUUUUAAAAGAUUUUGUAUAGUUUAUUUUUUUAUUGUAAUUUUUUAUUUUUUUUUAUUUUGAUUUGUUUAGGAGUGUAUGUUUACGAACAGUGGUGCGCUUUCUAUCUCUCCAUCUCUUUCUCCCCUCCUCUUCCUCUCCCCUCCACUUCUCUCUCUCUCUCUCUGUUCUUUUACUCUUUAUCUCUCUUUCAAAUCCCUCUCUCUCUCCUCCCCUCCUAUCUUUUUCUCUUCACGUCUGUUUGUCUGUGUGCGUGUCGUACUUCCAAGGAAGCCUCUUGGUAACAAUCUUUCCAAUAAUCAACCACCUCAGCCUUACUCUGCUCCAGGGCCUUAAAUGAUCUCACUCGCAUUACAUCCCCUCUCCUCAGCUCUUCCUCCUCUCCCUGUCCCUCACAGACACUGGCUAGCUGUGGAGACCCAACAUGGUGCUGUUCCAUUCACUCUCAAAUCAAUACAGUACAUUAACUUUCACCGUACAGUUUGAGAGCCCCUCAUGUGGAGAUGGUGCUGCUUUCUUUUCCCCUCCACUGGACAGUCUGUUCUCCGAGUCCUUGAUGAAAGACCCCCUCUUGCCCUGUAGUCACCAGGGGCUUGUACAUCUUCGAGGUACCUAAUAGGAGAUGGGUAGGCGCAUGUGCUAAGGGCUGCAGUCUGCUGGUUUGCCUCUGGCUUGGUUUGGAGCUGUAAACUAAUGGGGAGCGCUGCCCCAAUCUCUCUGUCUCUUCUCUCUUUCUCUCUCUUUCCACACACCAUACUGAAGACUGUUUUGAGACCACCACAAAAAUAUUUAUAUUUUUUACACUGUUUUAUGAUGGACUUUGCGGUUGCUUCCUAAUAGUAGUACACAUUUUGCACAUGGUAAGAAAUGUCUUAAGGCAGCUGAUCGGUGGAUGCGUGGAUGCGUGGGAUUCCAUCGACCAGCUUCGUGCUUCCUCAUUGGUCGAGAUUCAUCUGUUCAACCACAAGCCAUCUGAAGAGCAAAGACUUUCUGACGGUGAUCAACUAUAGCCUGUUUAGCUGGGAGCUUUACUUUCUGCCUCCAGCGAUUCCAAGAACAAUCAUCUAUGGUGCCAAUCUCUGGACUCUGGUGUGAUUUUUGAUCUGAACUGUAGCCUGAUUGGUAGUGUGCAGUGGGUUGAUUGGGUAGACAUUUUCUUGUGUUUUUUUUUUGUUCCUCUGUGGUCUUGAUUAAGGCCUCACACCAGAUGCACAGAACCUGCUCUGAAGAGAGGAUGAAGGGUUGAACUGUUCUGGUAUUGUAGCAAGUGUCGCCUCGAGCAGAUAACGGGUUUUUACUAAUGUCAUCUCUUUACACACGUGUCUUUCAUAUGUCUCUUAAAUGUACACUCUCCAAGCGCCUGUCUUGAUUUUGUACGUUGCAAAUGAUCUAUUUCCAUCAGCUCCUCCCGAGUUUUCACAUUACCUCCUCUCUUCCUCCAUGGGUGGGAGGCUUGGGACUCCACCAAAUGUCAAUCCAUUCAAAUGGAGCACAAAUGUAUGAACAUCCAAUCAGCAUUAAUGUGAAAUUUACGUUUCCAGUCUCUUUUUCAGGGACUCUGUGUUAAUAGACUGAGUGGUACAAGAGCCACUGUUAAUAUGAUGAUGAUGAUGAUGAUGUUUUAUAGGUGUAAUAAGCUCAUGUGACUUGUCUUUUUUUUUUUCUACACAGUUUUGGUUGUGUUUUUAUUUUGAUUAAAGUAUACAAGAAUAACUUUA